CAUGUGCGCUGUGCGCACGCACGUGAGUCACAAUUAAUUUGACAUUUUUCCUGUAAUAGUUAACAAUAAUAUUAUUGACGAAGUAGUAAAAUGAUUUUCUGAGUGUUGUUUUCACCUGUACUUGACUCAGCAGGAAAUAAGUGUCCCAUUGAAUGUCAGGUCUAAUCGCCAGUUGUAAAAAUGUGCACAGAUGAGGACAUUCUUUGGUAUCACGGAAAAUUGUCACGGGAGGCUGCUGAAAACCUGUUAAAAGAAGAGGGACGUCCCGAUGGGAGUUUUUUAGUGCGUGAGAGUAAUUCCUCAACGGGCGAUUUUGUGCUAUCAGUUCUUCACAACAAUGAUGUUAGUCAUUUUCAAAUCCGUAGACACGUUGAAGAUGCGUUUUUUUCAAUAGAUGAAAAUACUAAAAUCCACGGCCUUGAGAGUUUGAUAGAGCACUAUGUAAACACAAAGGGAAUUCUCUCAGAGGGUUUGUCGUUGACUGUUCCUGUUAAAGGGGAAGCACCUCCUGAUUACUCACGUAGAUACGGCCGUAUGAACAAUUUAUUACAUCGGGCUACAAGAGAAGGAAAUUACAAAAUCGUUUCUGAAAUCCUAAAGCCUGGUUAUAGUAGACACGAAGCUAAGAAUCAGUACGGACAAACGGCUGUGCAUUUAGCCAGCAUGAAUGGCAAGGACGACAUCCUUAGAAAACUUAUAGAUUACGGUGCUAGCGUUAAUUUACGAGACACUGCCGGAUAUACUCCUCUUCAUUAUGCUUGCCAAAACAAUUUUCCAAGUACUGUAAGACUCUUGGUUCAAGUUGCCAACGCUAAUAUCCAAUCAAGGAACACCGAAACUGGAGCUGUUCCUCUACAUGAAGCUGCCAGUCGGGGCCACAAAGAAGUGGUCAAAGAAUUAUUAAGCUUAAAUGCUCCAGUCAAUCCUAGAGAUAAGGACAAUCAAUUGCCAUCGCAUCUCGCUAGGAAAAAUGGUUUUAUAGAAUGUGCCGAAAUUUUAGAAAACUACCAAUGUCCAGCACCAAAAACGCAUAGGAGUUUUUGGUAUCAUGGGACUUUAGACCGACAUGAAGCUGAAACUACCAUUAAACAAUUUAGUACGAAAGAUGGCACGUUUUUAGUCAGAUGGAGCGAUCGGAACAAAGAACGUGUCCUGACUCUUAUAAACGAAUCAUUGUUUUAUAAUUACAUCAUCAGAAAACAGGAUGACUAUUUAUUUAUUGACAAUGGGCCCUACUUAGAAUCCCUUGAGCAUAUCAUUGAAUAUUAUAGUUUUAUUCCUGACGGUUUGCCAACAGUGUUACAAACUCCUGUACCUCCUAAACCUAAGCCCCCGGUUCCUGAAUGUACUACAAUACCGAGACAAAAGAAGAAAAACCUUAAACCCCAACAAGAAAUAAUAAAUUUAACCGAAUCUCAGUCGCUUAAAUGUUUUCCUAGUCAAUUUCAAAAUAUCCAUUUUACAACAAAUUUUUCGAAUAACAAUAAUUAUACAACGAAUGACAACGAAGAAGACUAUAUACCGUUGGAAAGGUUAAAAAUGGGUAAUGUUAUUGGGGAAGGCGAGUUCGGUUCGGUGUAUAAAGGUACUUAUAUAAAGAGAAACGGAGAAGAAAUCAACGUUGCUAUAAAAACAGUCAGACAUGAACAAAUCGAAACAAGUAAUGCUAUUUUAAAAGAAGCUCACGUUAUGAUGAAAUUAAAUCACCACUGUGUCGUUAAAUUAAUUGGGCUUUCGAAAGGACGCCCUCUGUUGAUGGUGCAAGAACUAGUUGCACUAGGAUCAAUGUUAAAUUAUAUUAUAAUAAAUAAGGACCGUAUUAACCCAAACUAUGAAUUCAAGAUUUGGGCCGCUCAGAUAGCUUGCGGGAUGAAUUAUUUAGAAGAACAAAGAUUUAUUCAUAGGGAUUUGGCCGCAAGGAAUAUCCUUCUAGCCUCCCAACAUCAGGCAAAAAUUAGCGAUUUUGGUUUAUCUAGAGCUUUGGGCACUGAUCAUGAAUAUUACAGAGCUUUGGAAGGCGGAAAAUGGCCACUGAAGUGGUACGCCCCUGAAUCUUAUAACUACGGGCAGUUUUCCCAUAAAAGUGAUGUUUGGAGUUUUGGUGUAACCAUCUGGGAAAUGUAUAGUUUCGGUGACGUGCCUUAUGGCGAAUUAAAAGGGUCUGAUGCUAUCAAAAUUAUCGAAGAUGGAGAAAGGUUGAAACAACCUGAAGCCUGCCCUGACCGAAUUUAUGAAAUUAUGAGGAAGUGUUGGGAGUACGAAGCUGAAAAUAGACCGACUUUCAAGGAGUUGCUGGAGUUUUUUUCAUCUGAUACGGAAUACAUGAAUAUAAGGGAAUUGCUACCCAAUGCCAAUUUGGCUUGAUUUUUAUGUGCCAAUAAUUUUUUUAAUGUUUGACAUACUCAUAAGUGCAAUAUAGUAUAUAUUACACUAUAAAUUAUUACGUUUUAUUUGAUUUUAUUCAUUCCACUUUGUACAUAAUCAGUGAUAAAUAAAAGUAUUUUGAGAA